AUGGCGGCGAGGCAGCUGACCGGCGGCGCGGCCCCGUGCGCUAGCGGCUGUGGCUUCUUCGGCAACCCGGCGACCCGCAGCCUCUGCUCCAAGUGCUACGUGGAGCGGCAGCAGCUCGAUUUGGUGGCCUUCGACGAAGCCAUCAAGUCCAGCCUCCCGUCGCUCACCAUCAACCCGACGAAAGAGUUAUGCGAGGCGAGCCGGAAGAAGGCGGGGCUGCAAGGUUUCAGGUGUCCCUGCGGCGGCGCAUACUGCAUUACCGCGCCGGGCGCCACCACGCCGGCGCCCAUGAGAGCGUGCUUGGCUGCGAGGCGGCCGUCCUGGAGGAGGCUGGAAUCAACGAGUAUCUUCUCCGGAUGA